CCGCAAUUACGUGGAGUCAAAUUUGUUGUGUUACGAACUAAUAAUUGGGAUUAAAAAUGAAUCAAGCCGAAGUCAGCAAACUAAUAUCACAGCUGCGAAUCACAAUGCGGCCAAACAAACGUCACUUAAAGAAUUCAGAAGGCCCAGAAGGUCGCCUUCUGAAGCUACGCAAAACUGUUACAGCGCUGGUUAAACACGAGCGAAUUGAAUUGUUCUACAAUCGAGCGGACGAGGCGCGUGGUUAUGCAGAAUUGCUAAUAUCAAAUGCAAUACGCUAUGGCGAUCGACACAAGGCGACCAUGGAAUUAGCAGACUAUUGGCUGCUGGAGAAGCAGCUGGUCCACAAAUUGUUCAAGGUGCUGGUGCCGCGCUAUGAGAAUUUCAGCUCAUCUUAUACACGGAUGUUGAAAGCGCCGCGAGACUAUCCCGGCAUCUACUAUAAGAAGUCGGUGUUGGAGUUCCGAGGUAAUCCCUUCCCAGCACUUGUGCCCGAUUAUACUCAGAAUCGUAAUCUAUUACACAAUGUGCUUCUGGAUGAGGCGCGCAAGGAAUUCAGACGGGAGCAACUUGCUAAGAUGGCCAACAAAUUUGCGGCAGAGACGGCAGCACCGCCUGCAUUAGCCACACAAGAAAACGAUGCGGGCAACUAGUUACAGUGUAAUUGUUUGUAUUGUUAAUCAUUGAAAGUAAAUCAUUUUUCUAAGCUAAAUUA